CCAUAUUUGGCCGGAUGGAUUACUUCGGCAAUAACCGCCGAUCAUCCAUUGACUCCUUGGAAUCAAAAGUUCAACUAAGUAUGACCGCGGCGCUCAUUCGACUGGAAUCGAGUCAUUUGCCGCCUUAAACUAUAGCUCCAGGGCUCUGAACAUAAGACUCUCAGAUCCACCCAGUCUGCGCCCAUGGCGAAUCUGAUCAUUGACGGGAGUGUGCUCGAGGGUGGUGGCCAGAUCCUAAGGAACUCGAUAUCUCUGUCUGCUCUUCUGCGAAAACCUAUCACCAUCCAAAAGGUUCGCAAUGGUAGAAGACCGCCCGGCCUCAAGAACCAGCACCGCACAGGUGCACAUCUUCUCCAGGAGAUGCUUUGUAGCAUCGCUGAACGAGUGUACUCAGGAAUAUUACUUGCAGCUGAGAUUGCGUCUGCUGAGGUGACAGGCGCAAAAAAUGGAUCUUCGCAAGUCGACUUUGUUCCCAAACACAUCGCAGCCGGGCAAUAUGCUGCCGAUCCCAUCACUGCAGGAGCAGCCACUCUGCUCCUCCAGAUCUCGUUGCCCUUGCUGCUCUUCGCCCCGGAGGCCUCGACGCUGACUUUGAAAGGUGGAACGAACGCUACUGGUGCACCCCAGGCGGAUUACAUCCAACACGUAUUCCUCCCCUUUGCCCGACGUCACUUUGGCUUGAACGCCGAUCUGGACAUCCGCCGUCGCGGGUACUUUCCCAAGGGAGGAGGACAAAUCGAUGUGAAAAUCACUCCGCACAUGAGGCUUACAAGCGCAAGUGUCCUGGAGCGAGGAUCCGUCACCCGAAUCGGAGGCAUCGCGCACUUUGCGGGACUCCCAGGGCAAAUCGGGACGCGCAUCGCCGAUGCGGCCGUGGCCUGCUUAGCCGCCCGAGGAUUUUCGCAGGGCGCGUCCACUCCAGUACCCGUCGAGGUUGUCAGCAGACGUGAAAAGAACGAAAACACCGUGGGAGCAGGCAGCGGACUGGUUCUCUGGGCCGAAUUAGAUGGAGGCGGCAUUAUUGGUGGAAGCUGUGUUGGAUCCAAGCAGAAAGGACCGGAAGACGUCGCGAAAGAAGCGACAGAAGAGCUUCUAAAGGGCCUCGACUCCGCAGCCUGUGUCGAUGAAUGGCUACAAGACCAGAUCAUAAUUCUCAUGGCGCUUGCUGAUGGAGAGUCGAAAGUCCGUUGCGGCGAAUUGACGCUACACACUAGGACUGCGAUUUGGGUCGCAGAACAACUGACUGGGGCGAGAUUCAAUGUCACUCAGCAGGGAACGAACAGUAUCAUUAGCUGCCAAGGAAUCGGGUACACUUCACCACAAGCGCUUGCGAUACAAUAA